AUGUAUCUGUGUGUUGGUUGUUUUUCACAAGGAAAGGAGAUCAACGGACAUAAGAAGACACACGACUAUAGGGUGAUUGUGCGUAGAUCAAACGGGUUUAAAAGAGUGGAGAGGCACGAGGAGGAAGCACAACCGACAUUUAGCUUUCCUUUAUACACUAAUGACUGGGAUGCUGAGGAGGAAUACCUCCUGAUCGAACUAUCACAAACACUCGGUUUAGGCAAUUGGGUUGACGUAGCAGAUCAUAUAGGAACAAAGACGAAAGAAGAGUGUGAGCAACAUUAUAUUGAAGUGUAUUCACAAAGUCCUAAUUGGCCUCGGCCUAUCGACCCCCUGGAAGGGACGACAAGCGAGAAAGAAAUGCGCCGAAGGAAGCGUAAGCGAAUGGACAUCAUAUACGAAAAAGCAGCAUUAGGUUUAGUGGAAAAGCCUGAGAGGAAGAUUCUCCAAAGUAUGCCAGCCAAUCAUGAAAUUCACGGGUACAUGCCAAUGCGAAAAGAGUUUGAGCACGAAACAGAUAACGACGCCGAGGCGAUAAUUAAAGAUAUCGAGUUUACAGAUGAAGACUCUGAACAGGAUCGAGCAUUAAAGUUAGCUGUGCUGGAAAUCUAUAAUAAGAAGUUACAUAAAAGAAUAGAAAAGAGAAGGAUAAUACACGAAUAUGGCUUAAUCGACUACAGACAGAUAACAAUGACAGAUAAGAAGCGCCCGAAAGAGGAAAAAGAACUAAUAAACAGAGCCAAGCCGUUUGCAAGAUUAAUGACAGGUCCAGACUUUCAGGCAUUUUUCGAGGGUUUAAUAAAAGAACAGUAUCAUCGACAACGAAUUGAUCAACUUCAAGAAUGGCGUCGAAUGGGAAUAACUAAAUUGAAAGAUGGUGAACUAUACGAGAAAUUGAAGGCUGAGCGGGAAACAACUCGUGAAUCGUCAAGCCGGCUAUCGUUAUCGAGUAGUGGAGAUCGAGGGAUGAUAAGAGAUGGAAUGUUUGGUGAUGGAGAGCCGUCAACUCAUCCAGUAGCGCACAAUCCUACUAUUCGGAUAGUGCGCAAAGCUGCAGGUCCGAUAACUCUCGAUGACGAAGAAGGUGUUGAAUUACUCCUCCCUGCUGAGCGCAGACUCUGUGAACAUCUUCGCAUACCACCUCAUCCGUAUAUGGCCAUAAAAGCGACUAUUCUAAAAGAAUACGCUAGGUUAGACGGUCACAUGCGUCGUAGGCAGGCGAGAGAGUUGAUUAAGAUUGACGUUAAUAAGACGAGUAGGAUCUAUGACUUCUUUGUCGAGAUGGGAUGGAUUAAACCGCCACCACCUUUGUAA